CCUCUCCCCAUUUACACAGAUUGCAGAACAGAGCUCAGACUUAGAGAGGGAGAGAGAGAGAGAGGUGUGGAGGGAGAGAGGAGCAAAAAAAGAUGAUGAAGCUGAGGUCAAAGCGGUUCAGAAGAAGCAGCUCCAAGCUCAGCAGCAAGGAGCCGCCACCAGUCGAGAGGUCGUGCAGUGGCAACAUGGAAAUCAGGUGGGAGCUCAGGCCCGGUGGCAUGCUGGUCCAGAAGAGAGUCGAGAGCAGCGGGAGCGAGAGCUCCGGAGAGGUCAUGAUCACCGUCAGGGUCUCCACCGUCGCCAAGUGGCACGACAUCCCCAUUGAAUCCACCUCCACCUUCGGGGAGUUGAAGACCUUAUUGGCACUGGUCACAGGCUUGGAACCAGGAGAGCAGAGACUGCUGUUCAAAGGGAAGGAGAGAGAGGACAGCGAGCACCUGCACAUGGUCGGCGUCAAGGACAAGGACAAAGUGCUCUUGUUAGAAGAUCCUGCCAUUAAAGAGAGGAAGAAGCUCCAUGGGAAUCAUAUUUCAUCAAGUCAACAAAUUGGGAAUCACCCAUUUCGCACCAUAAGCGUCUAAUGAUCUUUUAAUUCUGCUUUUUUCUUCCUCUUUUAACCCUUUUGAUCAAGUUCAAUCAAGAACAGUCUCUCUCUACUAACCACUCAAAAAGAAAAUGGCAUUAGGAUAUAAGCAUAUGUGGUUGAUCAACGAUCCCUUUCGUUUGGGUUUUGAUUAGUUUGGUUAGGUUUAUAGUGGUGUCAGUUCCAACGAGUAUUAUAAUGGUGUGAGCUGAUGGAUUAUCUGCAUCAUUCGGCUUGGCUUGUAAUGUCCAUAAGAAGUGGAAAGAAGAAGAAAAAAAAAUCACAUCUUGAUUCCAGAA